UUCUCGCCUCCUCUUUAGCAGCGUGCUUGUAGCUUUGGGCUCCUGUCAGCUGCAUUUCCAGCAGGGAGCGUUGUUGCAUGUUCCGGCCUCUCAAGGUAGGCUGUGAUAUUAAGUUUUCUAUUUAUGCAGGAUUUUGUAGCAUAUAAGAUGGUAUCUCAUUAAACACCACUCCUGUCCCAAAUCUAAAGAAGAUAUCUCUUCCGUUAAAAUGACAAAAUACAGACUCGUCCUGCUGAGACACGGUGAAGGGGCCUGGAACAAAGAGAACCGCUUCUGCAGCUGGGUGGAUCAGAAGCUGAGCAGCGAUGGGGUGAAAGAAGCUCAGAACUGUGGCAGGCACCUCAAAGCACUUGGAUUCGAAUUUGACCUUGUCUUUACGUCCAUCCUCAGCCGUUCUAUUCAGACUGCUUGGCACGUCCUGGAGCAGAUGGGGCAGGAAUGGGUUCCCACCGAGGCUUCGUGGCGGCUCAACGAGCGGCAUUACGGUGCCUUGAUUGGCCUCAACCGGGCCGAAAUGGCCCUCAACCACGGUGAAGAGCAGGUGAAAAGGUGGCGGAGGAGCUAUGAUGUCACGCCGCCUCCCAUCACGGAGUCCCAUCCUUACUACCACGAAAUCUAUAACGAUCGCAGAUAUAAGCACUGUGACGUGCUCUUGGAAAAGCUUCCCAAGGCUGAAAGCCUAAAGGAAGUGCUUGAUAGACUCCUUCCCUACUGGAAUGGGAGGAUAGCACCAGAGGUGAAGAGAGGCAAGACGGUUCUCAUUUCUGCUCAUGGGAACAGCACGAGGGCUCUACUAAAACACUUGGAGAACAUUUCUGACGAGGCCAUAGUCAACGUCACUCUUCCCACUGGCAUCCCAGUUCUCCUUGAGCUUGAUGAAAACCUACAUGCACUUGGCACACAUCAGUUUCUUGGGGACCAAGAAGCCAUCCAAGCGGCCAUCAAGAAGGUGGAAGAUCAAGGGAAAGCCAAACCUGUUGUUUAAAAAUAAAGAGGACUUUACAAAUAUUGCACAUAAAAUUUUUGCCACAUGUGGUGAAGGAUAGAGCUUCAUAGUUAGUUAAACUCUACCAACAUCCUUUAUUUUACAUUCUCAGCAAGUGAUAGGGAAUGGCAGUGAUAUUUUCGCAGUCCAUCUUUGAAGACCAGAGUUCAGAUCUCAGUACAAGUAAGAGUAGAGUAUCAGUUUGUUUAAUUUUAUGUAGAACGAGAGAAUGCUGUUGCCUAAGCUUCUCACAUACUUUCUAUAAGAGAGAAAUAAUUGGUGUGCUAUAGAUUUAUGCCAAGACCCCACCAUUAUGAUCUGCAGAGAAAACAUCUUCAUGUAGCCCUCAAAUAAGGACAGCAAGCUUUCAGGUUUACAAAUGCUGUACCUUCAUAGGAAUGUUUGAGUCAGAGUACGUGUUUCCUUUUCUCUAAAACAGUCCGUUUUGUGUUGUGUAUAUAGCCCUUUGCUUUGUAUUAAGCUAUUUAUUAGAUGCAUCACUGAUUAUAUAAUUUUUGAACAAAGUCCUUAAAACUCUCUUAUCUGAACCUUUCCAGAAUCGGUUCUUUCUUCCUCUCUAGCAAGGAUCAUUUUUGUUUAUUCUCCUAUGGCGGCAUUGACUACAUGAACUCUAAGUUAAUUUAGGAUGGCCCAAAGUGUGUGGUUACCUUUCUCUUGAGGUACCUUGUCCUACUGCUUUUUUUUUUUACAAAGUCAAUGUGAGAACUUAAAACAAAUAGAAAAAACCAAUGGGAUGGGUCACUCCUUCCCUUCCCCUAGCCUUCUCUUCCCCAGCCUCCCCUUUCCUUCCCCUUGCCUUCCCUUUCCUCCCCCUAGUCUUCCCUUCCCGUAGCCUUCCCUUUCCUUCCCUAGUCUUCCCUUCCCUACCCCUAGCCUCCCUUUCCCUACCCUACCCUACCCUUCCCUUCCCCUAACCUUCAUCCUUACUUGGCUACUGAAAGCUUUUGUUUUUUAAUGUAGAAACUACAGCACAUUUGCUAACUCUUGUUGAUUUAAAUGCAGAACAGCUAUGGUAGUAAUUCAGCCAAAUAAAACAUUCAAACUAAAUUUCUGUGCCACUGAUGUUUUAGUAAGGAAUUCUUUUUGGCAUUUACAAUGUACGAAUAGCACCAAGAUAUCUUUUUUUAUACAUCAAAAGUUUAACUCAGGUUAAACAACCCUCCAGGUUGUUCUCUUUGGCUCCCUAUGCUGCCAAAAUUCAGUUAAGAUUUCACUUUGAUUUCCUAUGCAAACCUGCAGUGAGGAGACCUAUGCAGGCUAGCUACUACAAACAGGAUGCUAAAUUGCUAUUUCUCCAUUUGUCAUGCACUGGGAUAUGAACUUGUCUUUUGGCAGAGAGCUGUUUCUCCACAGAGAUCCACCAGUUUAUUUUCUAAAAUUUGACGUUACGAAAGUGGAGAGUGUUUUUUGAGCGGAGGGGAAAAUGUGGAAUGUUCAGGAGACUGAAAUAUGUUCAUUGUUUUGGAUUAACUUAAAUUGCUUUUAUGCUGUACAAGUGACAAAUACAGUUUAGUUUGUACCUACAAAA